AUGUUUUAUUUUCCUUUCUCUUUGGGUCUUGGCUAUGUCAAUGGAUACCCAUCAUCAUCAUUUUUGCCCCAUAAAUCUCUCUCUAUUCUUUUUACCCUAAAACACACAAACCCAUUUCCUACAUAAACCUCUUCAUCUUUCAUCACUCUCACACUCUCUUUCCAUGUUCAACCAGUGCCAUUUCAAUUUUUUCAUCUAAUCACAUCAAUAAAGUUUUGUUUUUUAAGCUUUUUUCAAUAACCCCUUUUCAUGAAGUUUCAUUAUUAGCACCCUUUUAAUCAACCUCUCUUUCAAUGGCUGAAAGCUUUGACAGUGCUGAAUCUAAUCUUUUAUGUAGUGAAAACAAUAGCACAUGUUUUGAUGAUGUUGUUGUUGAUGAUUCUGGAAUCUCACCUUCUUGGGACCACACAAAUGUUAACUUGGACAACGUUGGAUCGGAUUCAUUUCUAUGUUUUGUUGCACAAAGUGAGGAAAUUGUGAAGGUUAUGGUUGAGAAAGAGAAGGAUCAUUUGCCUAGAGAGGAUUAUUUGAUAAGAUUGCGUGGUGGUGAUUUGGAUUUGAGUGUUAGAAGAGAGGCUCUUGAUUGGAUUUGGAAGGCUCAUGCUUAUUAUGGAUUUGGACCCUUAAGUCUUUGCCUAUCUGUCAACUACUUGGAUCGAUUCCUAUCGGUUUUUCAAUUUCCGAGAGGUGUGACUUGGACCGUGCAAUUGUUAGCUGUAGCUUGCUUCUCACUUGCAGCUAAAAUGGAAGAGGUUAAAGUGCCGCAAUCUGUAGAUUUGCAGGUUGGAGAACCAAAAUUUGUAUUCCAAGCUAAAACAAUUCAGAGAAUGGAACUAAUGAUAUUAAGCUCAUUGGGAUGGAAAAUGCGGGCGUUAACUCCUUGUUCCUUCAUAGACUACUUCCUUGCUAAGAUCAGUUGCGAGAAGUAUCCCGACAAGUCAUUGAUUGCAAGAUCAGUUCAGCUCAUCCUUAACAUAAUCAAGGGUAUUGACUUCUUGGAAUUCAGGUCUUCUGAAAUCGCUGCAGCGGUGGCCAUUUCUUUAAAGGAACUGCCAACACAAGAAGUUGACAAGGCCAUAACUGAUUUCUUCAUUGUAGAUAAGGAGAGAGUUCUAAAGUGUGUUGAAUUGAUAAGAGAUCUUUCCUUGAUCAAGGUUGGUGGCAAUAAUUUUGCAUCAUUUGUGCCUCAAAGCCCUAUAGGGGUUCUUGAUGCAGGGUGCAUGAGUUUUAAGAGUGAUGAAUUAACAAAUGGAUCAUGUCCAAAUUCUUCACAUAGUAGUCCAAAUGCUAAAAGGAUGAAAUUUGAUGGACCUUCAAGUGGAACUUCACAAUAAUUAUGUGCAUUUUCUUUCCUUCACCAAAAGUCCAUUUGAAAGAGCCAUGUUUGGAUGAAUAAGUAGAUAGGAAUUUAAGGUGGGAUAAGAUGUUGUUGUUGGUAGUUGUUUAUAGUCAGAUUAUUACAGAUCAGCUGCAAAAAAAUACUGCAGAGAUGCGGUUGGUAGAGAAAAUUUUGAUGAAACAAUGUUGUUGAGGCAUAACAUUUGUCUAGUGAGAAUGUAAUAUUUGAGAGGUUAUAAUUGUGUUGUCACAUGUGAA